GGUCGGUGGCUGCAGCAGCUGGAUCCGUCUGGAUGGAGAGGAUAUAGCGUGUUUUUUCAGACACUUGAGCCGCCCUGGAGUUAUGUGGGGUGACUAAAGUUGACUGAAGGUCUACCCUUGGCUGUUGAGAAACAUACGCGCUAGUUUUACACCAAACCACGUCGCCUUGGCGGUCUCAAUGGGAGUUAAGUCGUAUAUAUAUAAAUACAAAGUCAGGCCAACCAACACAUAGCGACACAGCUAACCGUAUCACCCGAAGUUACCCACGUACUCCCACGCCAUUAAUGCCUACGACAGGCCUGUUAGCGAGAUGGAAUCCGACCUCAGCAGCCCUGCUGGUCCGCCAGUGUGCCUAGCCCCGGGCGGACUCUCUGAUACACUGUGUCCCAGCGUCGAGUGUGUCAGCCAGACCCCCGCUGCGUCGGCGGACCCCCUGGACUCUUUUAGCCUGAUUGAGCCCCCCCCUCUGGACUGGAGGUCCGACAGCUCCAGCGACGCCGGCGCCGUGGAGGACCUCGACGAGGCACCCAUCCCCUCGUCUCUGGGGGCGCAGGGCCUUGAGACAGAGGUGGGGGCGGUGGGGGUGGAGUUGGGCCCGCUGGUUCAAUUGGCUCCAGCGUCCGCUUUGAGGGAGCCGACCGCUGCUAAACCGCCCGUGGGUGCGUGGAAGGAAGGGAUGGUGGAGGCGCUGGGCGUGUGGGGGGGUGAGGGGGGCGAGCAGGGGGUUAAAGUGGAGGUGGGGCAGCUGGUUCAACUGGCCACGCCGUCAGAUCUGAGUGAGCCACCCGCGGCCACACCGCCGCCGGGCGCGCAGCAGGUGGAGAAGAAGACGGACGAGCUGGGUGUGUGGGGAGGUGAGGAGGAGGCGGAGGUUAAUGGGAGACCCGCUGCAGAGGAGGUCAUCGAGGAGGAAGGCCUUAAGGAGGUAGGGGAUAAGGAAGAGGAUGUGGCCCGCCCGGUAGCGGACAGGACCCAGAGCGAUGAGGACCACACCCACAUCCACGCCCUCCUCAAUCGGCUCCAGCGAAUGGGCGAGGAGGAGCCCGCCACCUCCACCUCUGACCUGGACCCCUACGCCCACCACCAGCCCCCCGCCGAUACAAGGCCUCAGGGGCCUUCGGGAGCCGCCGUGGGGCCCCCCACCACGGAGACCACGGGGCUCCUGUUCUCCGAGAGCCACCAGAGGGACCUGCUGGGUCUGCUGGAGUGUACCGAGAUCGCAGCCGCACCUCCGCCCCCCCAGCACCAACACCACCACCACCACCACCACCACUGCAGCAGCAGCGAUUCGUCCCCCAGAGGGGACGUGGACGCGGUGGUGUCGGUGUCCUACAGCCAGGACGAGGCCCAGGAGUUCUGGCGCCACUACAGGAACGACUGGCGCCUUCCGCGCAAGGAGAGCUCCUACGCGUCCUCGCUGCCCGACGACCAGCCCUCGGAGCCAGUGUGGAGGAAGAGGGAGCCGGAGGUGGAGGAGGAGGAGGAGGGGGGCGAUGAGGAGAGUGAGGAUUACCGCCCUGCUUAUAAAGAUGUGCCCGGCCCAUGUGACCCGGAGGACCUGAUUGACGGGAUCAUCUUCGGGGCCAAGUACCUGGGCUCCACCCAGAUCCGCUCGGACAAGAACCUGUCCACCAACGCCCGCAUGACCCAGGCCCAGGAGGCCGUGGACCGCAUCAAGGCCCCUGAGGGAGAGUCUCAGCCAAUGGUAGAGGUCGAUCUCUUCAUCUCCACCCAGAGGAUCAAAGUGCUCAACGCUGACACACAGGAGGCGAUGAUGGACCACUCGCUCCAGAUGAUCUCCUACAUCGCGGACAUCAACAACAUCGUGGUGCUCAUGGCUCGCAGAAAGCCCCCCAGUCCUAAGGCCUCCGCCGACGACGGGACGCCAUCCUCCCCUUCCUCCUCCUCUUCGUCCUCCUCCUCUUCCUCCGGGCCCGUGAAGAAAUGCUCGAUGGUCUGCCACGUCUUCUCCUCUGAGGACGCAAAGACCAUCGCCCAGGCCAUCGGGCAGGCCUUCGGCGUGGCCUACCAGCAGUUCCUCCAGGCCAACGGCAUCGAGGCCAGCCAGAUGAAGCCCGGGGACUACAGCGACUUCCUGGGAGCCCAGGAGCUCUACAACGGAGACCUGGCCCACUUCUCCGACUCCCAGAACAUCAGAGACGUGCUGAUCUCCAAGGGCCCGGGGGAGAUCCUGGGCCUGGCCAUGGUGGAGUCGGGCUGGGGCUCCAUCCUGCCCACGGUGGUGGUGGCCAACCUGCUGCACGGGGGCCCCGCCGAGCGCAGCGGGGCCCUGAGCAUCGGGGACCGCAUCAUGUCGGUCAACGGCACCAGCCUGGUGGGCCUGCCCAUCGCCUCCUGCCAGAACGUCAUCCGGGACUUAAAAAACCAAACCAUCGUGAAGCUGAGCAUCGUCCACUGUCCCCCGGUCACCAUGGCGAUCAUCAAGAGGCCGGACCCCAAGUACCAGCUGGGCUUCAGCGUAGAGGACGGAAUCAGGCUUGGAUCCGAAGUGGCUUCAGACACAGACGCUCUGUCCUGGUCCCCUCACCCCAGCACGCCUCUCCCCUCUCCCCCAGAUCUGCAGCCUGAUGCGGGGCGGCAUCGCGGAGCGGGGGGGGAUCCGCGUGGGCCACCGCAUCAUCGAGAUCAACGGCCAGAGCGUGGUGGCCACGCCCCACGAGAAGAUCAUCAGCAUCCUGACCAACGCCGUCGGAGAGAUUCACCUGAAGACCAUGCCAGCCUCGACGUACCGUCUGUUAACCGGACAGGAACAACCUCUGUUCCUCUGAGAACCAAUCGGAGAACAGCCUUGGAUUCUUUAAGAACCAAUCACAAAGCUCUUCCUGGUCGGACUGGUGAAAGGCCUGGUACAACAUUGGAUUUACGUUAUUUUUCGCCAACCUCAGCCCAAUUAUGCAUUUCUUUGUUGUAUCAUAUCAAGGUUAUUGUCAUUUCGAUGAACGUGAACGACUCGUCGAGCUAUAUAUAUUUUUUAGCGUUGUACAGAAAGUUGGAAUAUUGUGAUAACAGAUUUAAAAAAAACGGGCCUCAAGAUAGUACUUAAUCUAUAUUUAUCAAGAUAUUUAAUGAAGAAAAACGGGAAGUACAUGCUAUGCAGAAUAAUCCAGGAUUAUUUUUACACUGCACUUAACAGCGGUAUAUUGGACGAGGAUUUUAACGGAUGAGGGAGUGGAAGGGUCUUCCGGUGUGCGUUUGUUACCAAUGUGCCUGAGCCGGGCGAACGGGCGUGUUUGCGACGCUAGAGGGCGCAUGUUUCAUAAUCAUGAUCUUCCUAUAGUCUCGCUUUGGUCUGCAGUGGAAGCUGUUGCCUGUUCAGCCCGGUGUCUUAAAUACUGGCAUUGCUUGGUUUUCCAUCAUGUUUUUCAUUAUGACUUCUAGAUUUCUACAUUUCUACAUUGUGCAUGUCUUUGUUUCCUGUUUUUACAACUUGUGUGCAGAAUUGACGGCAUCCGAUGCCUUAUUUGAUAGAGGGAAAGUUAUAUUUUAAGAAUUACUAUUUUGGAUGGUUAUUAAAAUGAUCAUUAAGCUU